CGCCCUCGGACCACAUGACCCGCGCUGUCCGGCUGCCGGGCUUGGGGGUCUGCGGCUUGGAGGGCGUUUGCACAGGCCUUUAGGACGCCUCAUGCUGCCCCCAGCCAACAGGCCUUCACCAUGCAUAUAAGGAAGCAGCUCUGCUCCCACUCCGUGGUUGGGGUCUGCACCCUCAUCUCCUUGUCUACAGCUGUCCUUCUUGGCCAUAUCAUGCUCCGUAACUUACUGCUGCUUCCCCAAGACCCUCCUGAGUCCUCCCCAGAACUGUGGCGGACUUACAGGCCACACCAUCAGGAAGGUUAUGGGCCGGGACUCCGGCACACCCAGGAGCGCCCCGACCAGCCUGGAGCGGUGCCCGCACAGUGUGAUGUACCCGCCAGCAGCCGCUUUGACUGCGCUCCAGACAGGGGCGUGUCCCGGGAGGAGUGCGAGGCCCGAGGCUGCUGCUACAGCCCGGCAGAGCAGGUGGCCCUCAUGGGGCAGCCGUGGUGUUUCUUCCCGCCCGGCUACCCAAGCUACCGGCUGGAGAACCUCAGCUCCACAGACACGGGCUACACAGCCACUCUGACCCGUGCCGGCCCCACCUUCUUCCCAAAGGACGUGCUGACCUUACGGCUGGACGUGCUGGUGGAGACCGAGAGCCGCCUCCACUUCACGAUCAAAGAUCCCACUAAGGAGCGCUAUGAAGUUCCCCUGGAGACCCCACGUGUCCUGAGCCGGGCGCCAUCCCCUCUUUACAGCGUGGAGUUCUCAGAAGAGCCUUUUGGCGUGAUCCUGCGCAGGAAGCUUGAUGGCCGAGUGCUGCUGAACACAACCGUGGCCCCCCUGUUCUUUGCUGACCAGUUCCUGCAGCUCUCCACUUCGCUGCCCUCCCAGCACAUUACAGGCCUGGCCGAGCACCUCAGCCCGCUCAUGCUCAGCACUGAGUGGGCCCGGAUCACCCUCUGGAACCGGGAUAUGGCGCCCUUGCCAGGUGCCAACCUGUACGGGUCACACCCUUUCUACCUGGCCCUGGAGGACGGUGGCUCGGCUCAUGGUGUCUUCCUGCUGAACAGCAAUGCCAUGGACGUGGUCCUGCAGCCCAGCCCGGCCCUGACCUGGAGGUCAACAGGUGGGAUCCUGGAUGUGUACGUGUUCCUAGGCCCAGAGCCCAAGAGCGUGGUGCAGCAGUACUUGGACGUUGUGGGAUACCCCUUCAUGCCUCCGUACUGGGGCCUGGGCUUCCACCUCUGCCGCUGGGGCUACUCCUCCACCGCCGUUGUCCGCCAGGUGGUGGAGAACAUGACCAGUGCACGCUUCCCCCUGGACGUGCAGUGGAACGACCUGGACUACAUGGAUGCCCGCAGGGACUUCACCUUCAACCAGGACGGCUUUGCAGACUUCCCGGCCAUGGUGCGCGAGCUCCACCAGGGCGGCCGGCGGUACAUGAUGAUCGUGGACCCCGCCAUCAGCAGCUCAGGCCCUGCUGGGAGCUACCGGCCCUAUGACGAGGGUCUUCGGAGGGGCGUGUUCAUCACCAAUGAGACUGGGCAACCACUGAUUGGGAAGGUUUGGCCUGGAUUCACCGCCUUCCCGGAUUUCACCAACCCUGAGACCCUUGACUGGUGGCAGGACAUGGUCUCUGAGUUCCACGCCCAGGUGCCCUUCGAUGGAAUGUGGAUCGACAUGAACGAACCAUCCAACUUCGUCAGAGGCUCUCAGCAGGGCUGCCCUGACAAUGAACUGGAGAACCCACCCUAUGUGCCCGGCGUGGUUGGCGGGGACUUGCAGGCAGCCACCAUCUGUGUCUCCAGCCACCAGUUCCUCUCCACACACUACAACCUCCACAACCUGUAUGGCCUGACUGAAGCCAUCGCCUCCAGCAGAGCCCUAGCGAAGAUUCGGGGAACACGACCCUUUGUGAUCUCCCGUUCAACCUUCGCUGGCCACGGCCAAUACGCUGGCCACUGGACAGGUGAUGUGUGGAGCUCCUGGGAGCAUCUCUCAUACUCUGUGCCAGAAAUCCUGCAGUUUAACCUGUUAGGUGUGCCGCUGGUCGGGGCAGACAUCUGUGGCUUCCAGGGAAACACGUCAGAAGAGUUGUGUGUACGCUGGACCCAGCUGGGGGCCUUCUACCCCUUCAUGCGGAAUCACAAUGACCAGAAAAGCAUGCCUCAGGAGCCAUACAGGUUCAGUGAGACGGCACAGCAGGCCAUGAGGAAGGCCUUGAGUUUACGCUAUGCCCUUCUGCCCUACCUGUAUACCCUCUUCCAUGGCGCCCACGUCAGAGGAGACACAGUGGCCCGGCCCCUCUUCCUGGAGUUUCCCGAGGAUCCCAGCACCUGGUCUGUGGACCGCCAGCUCCUGUGGGGGUCGGCCUUGCUCAUCACACCUGUGCUUGAGCCUGGGAAAACUGAAGUGACCGGCUACUUCCCCGAGGGCACGUGGUACAACCUGCAGAUGGUGCCGGUGGAGGCCCUUGGCAGCCUCCCGCCUCCUUCAUCAGCCUUCAGACCUGCUGUCCGCAGCAAGGGGCAGUGGCUGACGCUGGAGGCCCCACUGCAUACCAUCAACGUGCACCUGAGGGAAGGGUACAUCAUCCCACUGCAGGGUCCCGGCCUCACAACCACGGAGUCCCGAAAGCAGCCCAUGGCUCUGGCUGUGGCAUUGACAGCAAGCGGCGAGGCCUGUGGGGAGCUGUUCUGGGAUGAUGGGGAGAGCCUGGGGGUCUUGGAGCGUGGGGACUACACGCUGGUCACCUUCUUAGCCAAGAAUAAUACCAUUGUGAACAAGUUAGAGCAUGUGACCAAGGAGGGGGCUGACUUACAGCUGAGGAAGGUGACCAUCUUGGGAGUGACCACAGCCCCCACCCAGGUCCUUUCCAACGGUGUCCCUGUCACCAAUUUCACCUACAGCCCUGACAGCAAGACCCUGGCCAUCCCUGUCUCACUGCACAUGGGAGAACAGUUCCAAAUUGGUUGGUCCUAGCAGACUCUGCCUGUUUCCAGAGGCCUCCCAGGGAGGCAACGCCCUCUGGAUGGUGGCACCUGUAAGGACCCGGAGUAUGGGUCUCCUGGCACAUCUUUUGAGUUUUUCCACCGUGUUGCUGCUUGUGCCCUUGAAGCACUGUCUUAGGAGAGUGAGGCGUGCCUCACCUGCUUGACCCCAGCUGCCUGUCCCUGACACUAUGGAGAAUGUAGAGCUUGGUGCAGGGACACUGUCAUCAGCCAUGUGGCCCCUGCAGCUGCAACCCUACAAAGGAGGGACAGGAAAUGUCAGCAGGACUUGAAACUUCACUGUGAAGUGCACGUACUUUGAAUAAAAAGGGCAUUUGGAACCAGC